CGUACAUAUGUUGGUUCUCGAGAUUGCUGAAGCAUGAUGUCGGACUGCAUACUCGUAUCGUCCGCUAAGCUCCUUCCGAUGGUAGCCCCUCAUUGGUCAAAGCUUGAACCUGCUGCUUCAGCCCUCGUCACCAUCACCAGCUCAAACCUGCUUGCAUUAGGCCUUCAACCGCCUCAAAGCAGCUCUCCCCUCUAUUUCAACCUCCCCUCAGUCCUCUAGACACUUCAACAGUAUCUUCCAACACUCUCCCGGCCACAAUGUCCGAUCAAGACCCCACGCAUAUAACCGUUGAUAGCCUCCCCGAACUACUCAAGAACGACAAUGCCGUCAAAGUAGCCGGCGUCGACGUUGAUGGCUUACUGCGCGGCAAGCUCAUGGCGAAGAAAAAAUUCCUGUCCAUAGCCAAGGAAGGCUUCGGCUUCUGCUCAGUUGUGUUCGGGUGGGACAUGCACGACCAGACGUACUUCCGCGAGCUUAAGAUAAGCAACAAGGAGAACGGAUACCGGGAUUUAAUCGCAGUAGCAGACCUCAGUUCCUACCGGCGCAUACCCUGGGAGAAUAAUGUCCCUUUUUUCCUUGUCAGCUUCUUCGACCCCGACACCCACGCCUCCCUCAGCGCAUGUCCGCGCUCCCUGCUCAAACGGACCGUAGAUAAGAUUGCAGAACACGGUUAUGGCGCAAUGGCAGGAGCGGAAUACGAAUUCUUCCAAUUUCGAGCACCCCAGACCCACGACGGAUCUGAACGGAAUUCUUCCUCAACUGCUGCAUUUCUCAAAGAUAAUCCUGUGAAUUCGCUGCCGAGUCUUACCGAGGGCAUGUUUGGGUAUAGCAUCACGAGACCGGUGCAUAACCAGGAAUACUAUUAUGGCGUAUUCGAUGCAUGUGACGCAUUUAACUGCGCAAUCGAAGGCUGGCAUACAGAGAGCGGACCGGGUGUGUUCGAAGCUGCUCUUCAAUUCUGCGAAAUAACUGCUAUGGCCGAUAAAGCCUCGCUAUUUAAACUUGUCGUGAAAUCUCUCGGCUCCAAAUUCGGCAUAACCCCAUGCUUUAUGGCAAAGCCCCGGGAAGGGCUCCCGGGCAACUCCGGCCACAUGCACGUUUCCAUUGUCGACUCAUCUGGCCAAAACCUCUUCUUCCGCGAAACUGAAGAUAAAGACCACAAAUGGCAAGACGUGCGGUGGCUCUCUGAUCUCGGACGACAUUUCCUGGCGGGCUUGAUUGAUGGUCUACCGGAUAUCAUGCCGAUUCUCGCGCCGAAUGUGAAUAGUUAUAAGAGAUUAGUGGAGAAUUUCUGGGCGCCUGUGACGGUGUCUUGGGGCCUGGAACAUCGCGCUGCUUCCAUACGUUUGAUUAGUCCGCCCACUUCAAGUCCAAAGGCCACGAGAUUCGAGGUCAGAGUGCCCGGCGCGGAUACGAAUCCGCAUUUUGUGCUUGCUGCGAUUUUAGCGCUCGGGUGGCGGGGAGUCAGUAAGAAGAUGGAAAUUCCCAUUCCACCGCUUGGGAAGGGUGAAGAUACUGGUGGGUCGUCGGAUGAAGGGGUACGGCUUGCGAAGUCGUUGAAAGAGGCCACAGACCGGUUUAUGGCGAAGGAGAGUGUAGCAAGAGAAGUCUUUGGUGAUGAUUUUGUGGAUCACUUUGGUGGAACGAGACAACAUGAAAUAAGGCUAUGGGAUGAAGCUGUCACGGACUGGGAAGUUAGACGGUAUAUUGAGACGGUUUAGAUAGGUUGAGAGGCGAAAAACCGCACAGUUUGAGGACUCGGAUGCUUGAUACUAGCCGAGAUUACCCCUAGUCAAAUUAACUAUUACAAUUACACACUGUAC